CGUCUAACGCCUGCGACGCCCGAGGUUCUCUAGCGUACUUUCCACUUCUCUUUCGCUCUCUUUCGGGCUUCCGGGAGCUAGCUCUACCCGGGAAACGCCACAGGUGUGACGGCCGCCGCCUGGACUAGCGAGCAGCGCAGGGCGCGCCCUCGGCACCAUGACGGACCGCUACACCAUCCACAGCCAGCUGGAGCAUCUGCAGUCCAAAUACAUCGGCACGGGCCACGCCGACACCACCAAGUGGGAAUGGCUGGUGAACCAGCACCGCGACUCGUACUGCUCCUACAUGGGCCACUUCGACCUCCUCAACUACUUCGCCAUCGCCGAGAACGAGAGCAAGGCGCGCGUGCGCUUCAACCUGAUGGAGAAGAUGCUGCAGCCCUGCGGGCCCCCGGCCGACAAGCCCGAGGAGAACUGAGCCCCGGGGCCUGCCCGUCCCCGGCGCCCUCCGGCCAUGCCCCCCGACGCAGACGUGCGCUCUGAUUUCCCGCUCCUAGGGCCCUUCCCGGCCUGCGCCGGUCUCUGACCUCCGAGGAAGGUCAGCGUCAUCCUACUGCUGCCGCGGUGCCUCUGCUGGGCCGGUCCUUCCCUUAAGAAGGGCCCACUGACUGUGAAUUUGGGAUGUCCUCAGCGACGGCGAAUGCCCAGGCAGCGACUCUGGAGAGGGACAUUAACUUGGAAACUUGUGUUUGGGUUUUGGUGUUUGUUUUUCACUUCCUCCCCAUAAAGUUAAAAUCUUCUGAGCAAA